ACAGGGAGAGGGGACCGCGGGGCAAAUUCCUUUAGUCUAUGCCUGCAUCGAGCUCUGCUUGGUUGGUAUACUGUCAACACGUUUUAACGGGGUGUUUUUUUUAUUUUCUCCGAACUAAGUAAACAUGAACUAAUGAAUCCGGUUCGUGACCGUUGUUUUUUUUGCACCAAAUUUUUGUUGAAAAUUAUUUCGAAAAAAUGUAUGUUCAAGUGAGAAGUAUUAACGGCGAGAGAAAUGUCGUUUUAAACAUUUCGAAACUAACGACUGUCGAUGAAUUCAAGGCUAUGGUUGCAAAGGAGAUGCUGGUGCAGCCAGAAUAUCAGCGACUAUUUUAUCGUGGCAAACAGCUAGAAAAUGGCUACAAACUUUUCGACUACAAUGUUAAUUUAAACGACGUUAUUCAAUUGAUGGUAAAAGCUGUUGCUGACGAAUCGUCUGAAGAAAAAUCCACAGAUAGCUAUAGCGAGAAUGAAAACACCGAUGAUAAAGAAGAAAUUGAAGACAAUGCUGUUGAGGCUGAAAGUCGAUACUAUAAAGUUGGGGACUCCAUAGACUGCAUGGAUCUGGUUUACGGGGCUUGGUUUGAGGCUAAUAUAACCCAAAUACUAAAGAGAGAAAAUAAUUUAGUAUACCGAGUGAAGUGGGAUGCAGAAGAGGAUGGAGAUGCUUUUGACGUCGAUGAAAAACAUAUCAGACCUCGUGCACAUAGAUUAAUAGAUUUUGGUGAUUUGGAAAUUGGCCAACGUGUCAUGAUUAAUUACAAUAUUGAAUUACCCAGGGAAAUUGGUUAUUGGUAUGAUUUGAAGAUUGUCAAGAUACAUAAGACUAGAACAGUAGAACAGUUAACUGGCACAUUGUAUGUAGGAAGAGAUCGGCUGCCUCUUGAAGAUCGUAGAGUGAAUCCAAAAGGUGAAAUUUUUGCGAUAGAGGAACCAAAGUUAAUUCGUGAUCGUACUCAGGAAGAAAAUGAACAGGUCCCAAACAGCGGAACGAGGCGUAGAAUUCCAGCUUAUUGCGCAAGCUGUAUGGAUAAUCCAGGUAGAGACUGUCGGGAAUGUGGCUGUCGUGUUUGCUCGGGUAAAGAAGAUGCUCAUCUGCUUUUAUUAUGCGACGAAUGUGAUUGUGCCUAUCAUCUUGGCUGUUUGAACCCACCUUUAACUAGUAUUCCUACUGAGGAUGAAUGGUACUGCCCAGAAUGUAAAAAUGAUGAAAAUGAAAUAGUCAAGGCUGGAGAUAAACUAAAGCAGAGCAAAAAAAAAUCAAAAGCAAUAGGAGGCGAGCAGGAUGGAAAACGUGAUUGGGGAAAAGGAAUGGCAUGUGUUGGAAGAACUAGAGAAUGCACUUUAGUACCUCCCAAUCACCGAGGACCUGUACCUGGAGUAGAAGUUGGUACUUGUUGGAAAUUUAGAUUGCAGGCAUCUGAAGCAGGAGUACAUAGGCCACAUGUAGCUGGGAUUCAUGGGCGAGAAACAGACUGUGCCUACUCGCUUGUUCUAUCAGGUGGUUAUGAGGAUGACAUUGAUAAUGGGGACGAGUUUCUUUACACAGGCUCAGGUGGUCGAGAUCUCUCAGGAAACAAAAGAACUGCUGAGCAGAGCUGUGAUCAGACAUUAACACGGAUGAACAAAGCUUUGGCCUUAAACUGUAACGCGAAGUUAAACAACAUAGACGGUGCUGAAGCUAAAGAUUGGAGAGGUGGAAUUCCUGUUAGAGUUGUACGCAAUUACAAGCUUGCUAAACACAGUAAAUACGCGCCAGUGGAUGGUAAUAGGUAUGAUGGCAUAUACAAAGUGGUUAAAUAUUAUCCACAAAAAGGUAAAAGUGGAUUCAGUGUAUGGCGAUAUGUUCUACGAAGGGAUGAUCCUGCACCUGCUCCUUGGACUCGAGAAGGCAAACGCCGCAUAGAUGCUCUAGGUUUAGAAAUGCUUUAUCCGGAUGGUUACUUGGAAGCAACCAAAAAGGCAGAUGGAAAAAAACGCAGUAAGCGUGGUGCUCUAAAAGAAAGUAACCCUUGUACUUCUGACGAGGAGAUACCUGCUGAAAAGCGACAAAAGAGGGAGGGCUACAGGCUAGAAAAAGACCUGUUUGAUCUGAUAAGGAAAGAUGAAGUAAACACAAAACUUUGGGAUGAGUGUCGGACAGUUUUGCCUGAAGGAAAAGUUCCGUUCUUACGACGUGUUUCCGAAAGAUUUAUGUGCGUUUGUUGUCAAGAGAUCGUUUAUCGUCCUGUAACCACACCUUGUGCUCACAACAUUUGUUUCAGCUGUUUGAAACGUAGUUUUUCUGCGGGAGUAUAUUCGUGUCCAUCUUGUCGUCACCCUCUUGAGAGUAAUUACCGAAUGAUAGAAAAUGAAACAUUAGCUUCUGUACUGCUUUCACUGUACCCAGGUUAUCAGGCCGGAAGAUAACAAAAGGUUCUUUAAA